AUGGCUGACUCAGGCCCCCAGGGGAAAAGCAUCAGUUACCAAAUUCUUCUUCUGGGCCUUUUGGACCUGUCAAUGUCAGGAACAAACAUUUCCAACAUCGUUCUUAGAUUUAUGCAGGAAGAAGAAAGUGAAGUUUCAAUUACAAUGAACGAGGUCGUUGAUGAUGAUGAUGUUGUGGCGAGAGAGGAGAAAGAAGAAGAGGAGGAGGACGAAAACGUUGUGAUUGUGGCUGUUUGUUUGUUCUAAAUUCGGUGCUAUCCUUACCUGAGCUUUCAUCCUAAUCAACCUUUCCUCUAUAGUUCUGGUUUUGAUUCUUGUUUAUUUUUUGACUUGUUGCUUUUUUUUCUUCUUGUAGAUUUGAUUUUCUUGACCUUGUAAGACCUAUUCUUGACCUUGUAAGACCCAACCACAUCUUCUAUCUCCUUACCUUUUGUUGUCGUGUGGACCUUAGAUCACUGUAAAUUGAUUAAAGGUCUUUUCACUAUCUUUCUUCGUUCCCACCCAACUCACGUUCUCCUUCCUUGUCUAUCCCUUCUGAGCUUUUUUUUUCUCAUUAAAGAGAGAUACUUAAGGGCUAUGUUUCUUGGCAGAAACAUAUCCCAUUUUUUUUUUACCUUUCAGUAGUAGACAAAAAGAAACCUAAUUCUUCAUUUUCAUCAACAAGAACAAACCCAAAUCCUCCAUGUCAACCGGCAUCAAGAGUCCUGUGUCUGUUAAGCCAGCAUGUUAACAAAGAAGAAAACCUAGAAUAUGGUAGCAUAUAUGAUAUAUUUUGAAGAUCUACAACCUCUUUUAAUCAUUGUUUUUAUCAUGUUAUGG